AUGGAAGACGAUGAUUUAUUUUCAGUUUUUGAUACAAAGAAAACAAAUAAAAAUAAAAGAACAAGAGAAGCAACUGCUGCAGCAGAUGAAAAAGAAAAUGGUAAAUGGAUAAAACCAGAAGAAUCAACAACAACAACUACAACUACAACAGCAACAACAAAUAAAAAUGAAAUUGAAAGUAAUAAAACUUUAAAUCCAAAUGUUAAACCAUUAGGAGCAUUACCAAAUAAUUCAAAGAUUGAAUCAAUGGAUACAUUUAAGAAUACAGUAGGAUCAGUUGAUUUAAUGUCAUUAGAUGAAGAGAUUCAAAGAAAUAAGAAACAAAAAGGUGGUAAUACUAAACAAGCAGUAGCAGAUAUUAGUUUCAAUGCAAAACAAUCUGAUACUACAUUGGAUAAACUUAGAGAGAAUGUUGAAAAGAAAGAGAGAGAGGAGUUAUCAAUGAUUGAGCAACAAAAACAACAAAAUAUAAUACCAGAGAAUAGAACAGCAACAGGUGGAUAUAUUACAGCGGCAGGUACAUCUAAAUCGUGUAUACACGAGGUACUAUUGCCACCUGGCGAGGUUAAUGACGACCCAAAUCUAUAUAACCCACCAGAACCAAUCAAACCAGCACGUACAUAUCCAUUUAAAUUGGAUCCAUUUCAAGCGACAUCGAUUGCAUGCAUAGAGAGAAAUGAGUCGGUUUUAGUAUCAGCACAUACAUCAGCAGGUAAGACUGUGGUUGCAGAGUAUUCCAUCGCCACCGCAUUGCGUGAUGGUCAACGUGUUAUCUAUACAUCACCCAUUAAAGCAUUGUCAAAUCAAAAGUUUCGUGAUCUUCAAGAGACCUUUCAAGAUGUUGGUUUGAUGACUGGUGAUAUCACGAUCAAUGCAAAUGCAUCAUGUUUGGUUAUGACCACAGAGAUUUUACGUUCAAUGCUUUAUCGUGGCUCUGAAACCAUGAGAGAAGUUUCAUGGGUAAUUUUCGAUGAGAUUCAUUAUCUUCGUGAUAAAGAGAGAGGUGUAGUUUGGGAGGAGACAAUCAUUCUCUUACCAGAUUCAGUUAAAUUUGUUUUCCUCUCUGCAACCAUUCCAAAUGCAAGAGAGUUUGCUGCAUGGAUUGCAAAGAUUCAUAAACAACCAUGUCAUGUUGUCUACACUGAAUACCGUCCAAUUCCAUUACAACAUUAUAUUUUCCCAUCUGGUGGUGAUGGUUUACAUUUGGUAGUCGAUGAAAAUGGUGUUUUCAGAGAAGAGAAUUUCUUAAAAUCAUUAUCAAAUCUACAACAACCAGAAAUGGGAGGUCAAAGUGGUGCCUCGAGAAAGAGGGGUGGCGGCAAUAAAGGUCCAUCGGAUUGUUAUAAAAUCGUAAAGAUGAUUAUGGAGAGAAAUUAUCAACCAGUUAUUAUUUUCAGUUUUUCAAAGAAAGAAUGUGAAACCUAUGCUUUACAAAUGUCAAAAUUGGAUUUCAAUAAUGAUGAUGAAAAGAAUGCAGUGGAAACCAUCUUUAAUAAUGCAAUCGAUUCCCUUUCUGAAAGUGAUAAACAAUUACCAGCAGUCAUUAACAUUUUACCCUUAUUAAAACGUGGUAUUGGUAUACAUCAUGCUGGUCUUUUACCAAUCCUAAAGGAGAUCAUUGAAAUUCUCUUCCAAUAUGGUUAUAUCAAGGCAUUGUUUGCAACUGAAACUUUCUCCAUUGGUUUGAAUAUGCCUGCUAAAACUGUAAUUUUCACAUCGGUUAGAAAGUUUGAUGGUGAGGGUAUGAGAUGGAUUAGUGGUGGUGAAUACAUUCAAAUGAGUGGUAGAGCAGGUCGUAGAGGUCUCGAUGAAAGAGGUAUAGUAAUUUUAAUGGUUGAUGAAAAGAUGGAACCUGCCAUUGCAAAGGGUAUGGUAAAAGGUCAAGCAGAUCGUUUAACAAGUAGUUUUUGGAUUGGUUAUAGUAUGCUUUUGAAUAUGCUACGUGUCGAAGAUAUAGAUCCAGAGAAUUUAUUAAAACGUUCAUUCCAUCAAUAUCAACAAGAAUCAUUCAUACCACAAUUGGUUGAUAAAUGUGAUCAAAUGGAACAAGAGAAAAAAGAGAUUAUAAUUCGUGAUGAAACAUCAGUUACAGAGUAUUCCUCAAUUAAAGCACAAUUAGCUAAAUUACGUGAAGCAAUGCGUGAUUUCAUUAAUCAACCAACCUAUGUUCAGCCAUUCCUUACAGCUGGUAGAAUCGUACGUAUUAGAGAAGGUUCAACCGAUUGGGGAUAUGGUGUAAUUUUAAAUUUCUCAAAGAGACCAAUUAAAUCAAGUGGUAGUGGUGUCUCUGAUAAAAGUUUUGAAGUUAUUGCAGAUAUUCUAUUGGAAUGUGCAAUCUCUUCAGAUCCAACAUCAAAUGGUGGUUACAUUGGUACACCAAAACCAUGUGUCCCUGGCGAAGUAGGUGAAGGUCAAAUCAUACCAGUAUCAAUUAAACUUUUCGAUGGUAUCACCUCUGUUUGUCUUUACGUUAAAAAAGAACAACCAACACAAGAAUUUAAAACUCAUUUAUUUAAAACCCUCAAAGAAACUGAAAAUAGAUUUAAAAAAGAUGGUGGUAUACCAUUGAUCGAUCCAAUCGAGGAUAUGAAAAUUAAAGAUCCAAACUUUAAAAAGUUAAUCAAGAAAAUUGAAACCUUGGAAAGUAGAUUCUCAUCAACUGCUUGUUUCAAUGAUACAGAUAUCGAAGAACGUUGUAACCUUUUGGAGAAGAAGAAUGAAAUCACCAAAGAGAUUAAACAAUUACAAAAACAAAUUAAAAGUGGUGAUGAAGUCAUUCUAAAGGAUGACCUUCGUUCAAUGAAACGUAUUUUAACCCGUUUAGGUUAUAUAACAGACGAUGGUGUCGUUGCCUUGAAAGGUCGUGUUGCCUGCGAAAUUAGUGCAGGUGAUGAAUUGGUAAUUAGUGAACUUUUAUUCGCUGGUUUAUUCAAUGAUUUAUCAGUUGAACAAUGUGUUGCCGUUUUCAGUUGUUUCGUAUUCCAAAAUGAAGGUUCCGCCAAUAACGAUGUCAAUAAUCCAAAAAUAAAACCAGAUUUGGUACCUUUAUAUCGUGUCAUUAGAGAUACCGCUUCAAAAGUUGUAACAGUAUCUCAAGAAUGUAAAUUAACCUCAGUCGAUGAGAAAACCUAUUUGGCUUCUUUUAAUCCAAACUUUAUGGAUGUAACAUUUGCUUGGGCAAGUGGCGCCUCUUUUGCUGAUAUCGUUAAAAUGACCGAUACCUUUGAAGGUAAUCUCAUUCGUGGUAUUCGUAGAUUAGAUGAACUCAUUAGACAAAUGGUAAUUGCUUCAAAAUCAAUUGGUAAUACUGAAUUAGAAGCUAAAUUCUCUGAAGCAACCGUUAAAAUUAAAAGAGAUAUUCCAUUUGCUGGUUCUUUAUAUUUAUAG